AUGGUACUGAAUGCGAUGCAAAUGGUAUAUUUCAGAUUACUACUGUUCGGUUGUAAUCUGUUCGGUUGGUUGAUCGAUGUAAUAUUUCUUGGUUCCCUUAUGUUUUUAUCUUCAAUAAUUAUAAUAUGUUCACGAAAGUUGGAAGUUUCAGAAGCAAACUAUUCAUCAAAGGAAUCGUCACUGUGGCAAAAAAUAAAGGAUAAUCGUUUGAAGUACUUAGAAGAUAAAAAUAAAGAGGAAGAGGCAUGUGGACUACAACACAAAAAAGGAUAUGAUUAUAAUGACAACUUACAACCAAUUAACUUUGGAGAAGAAAAUGUAGUCCAAACAGAGAAUUCGAAUUAUCAGAACUUAGAUCAACUGUUUGGUCACAAUAAAAAUAUAAGUAUACCACCACCGAUCACGUCAAAUCUGCAUUGUUUUCCCAAGACCAACGAUCCAAGUUAUCAGGUUGAGAAAUCAGAGCAAUUAGAGCAAUCUAGUCGCAAUAAAAAUGCAAGUAUAACACUACCGAUAAAGCCAGAUGUAAACUGGUUCACGAGUUCCGAUAAAGCACUUUAUCAGACCUUGGAUCAAAUGGCUGGUUGCAAUAAAAAUGAAAGUGUAAGAGUGCCAAUCGCUCAAAAUAUGAACUGGUUCCUCAAGAACUACGAUCCAAAUUAUCAGACAACGACAGAUCUGCAGAAUAAACAAGCCUUUCGUGAUGAUAGAAAAAAGGAUCAGACUAGCCAACAAAACAAGCCUGAAGGACCAUCUAAUUAUAAAACAUCUCAACAUUACAACUGGGAAACUUACUGA